AAACCAGCAACACUACUGACAACACACAAUUUUUUUGCGCCUGCAAAAACUGCGCGUCCUUACAUUUUAAGCGAAAUAUUAGCAGAAAUAAUAGAUCAUAAAUAUCGCGAUAGAUAUGUGUAUACCUGCAAGGAAUAGCUAUCGAUCAGCUGACACUUGAUUGCAUCCGGAUGGCCCACCACAAGAUGAACAUCCAUUACGGGGCGGCGAAGAACGCCGGUCGAACGGUGUCCACCGGGAGCAACACUCGUCCCGCUUCCGUCCGCAUAGUUAAGCCCAUCCAAGUCUACGAGCUGCCCGAAUACGUGUGCGUGGAGACCAAGUGGGUGACGAGGAGGUACGCGAUGGAGAACGCCAUACCGGUGAACGGGCUCCACGACCCGAUUACCAAUGGUUCGCUUGCGGAUGCCCUCCCGAAAUCCGCACAGCAGGAUAAGCUGAACGAAUCCACUGGGAUGUUUGCCAGUGAGGCCACGGUUCCACGCAGAGAGCGCGCCAUCCAAACGAAGGAGCCGAGCACCAAGGACGUGGGCAUUCAGUGCCGCCGCGACUCGGUGGAGUGGAACCUGCCCGAGGAGCAGCCCAAGGAGGCUGCGGAGGCCAACGACUACGCCCGAUUCCUCACCUAUGUCAGCGAGAACACCAGCAUGUUUCCCAACGGAAUGCUAGAGUGCCAGAUCUGCGGCGACAUAGCCAACACUUUGCUGGAGCAUCAGUCGCACAUGACGGCCCACUUUGGACCCAGUGCGCUGUGCUUCAGUUGUGGCCAAAAGCUGGACCACGAGCGCCUCCUGAAGCGUCACAAUUUCAGUUGCCCCGCCCGGGCGCCCAGGAAGGCCACAAUGCUCUUCAAGUGCCCACAUCCGCUUUGCAAUGCCAUGUGCCACUCGAAGAUGCAGCUGCUGCAACACCUGAUAAAACACAGCAGCAGGAAGUGCUACAGAUGCCUCCAGUGCAGGCGUUUCUUUAAGACAACCACCUCCUUUCUAAUCCAUCGACAUAGGCAGCAGAAGUGUUCCAAAGCGAAAGUGCUCGUGCUCUUCCGGAGACACAAUGGACUGCCCAAGGCCCGAAGUGAUCCCACACGUUGCCCCGUUUGCCUGAAGCGUUUCAGCAGCGAGAGAGUUUGCCUGCGGCACCGAAGGAGGUGCAUUCUCGGCCAUCACCGUCAGCUUUCCAAGGUCCUCUUCAAGGAGCUAUGAGCGGCGCAUACAAAUCUUUGACCUAGCUGGUAUUUAUUAGUAUAUAGAAAUCAAUAACAAUAAAGCGAAAAGAUCCUACGAGGCCUGAACCCCGUGGGCCUUCUUCAAACCCUGGAA